UUUAAAGCGUCUGCUUGGAUGAAUUAUUUAGUUUUAAUACAAGCAGCAGACGACAAAUUCCAAUAGCCAGCAGACGAGUAUCAAACUUUACUUUGUCAUCCUAUGACGAUACAGAUGUGUCUCAUAAUAAAUCUGACAGAUUUUCUCGGAAAUUAGAUGACAAGAAGACAAUUUAUUACGUCCACGGGGCCGCAGAAAAGUCAUCGGAGACGAACAAUAAACACGGAGAAAUUGCAGUCUUUUAUAUAACGCAUAACAGUUCUCGGAAUUAAACAAGUGGCUAUAGCAGAUCAUGGAUAUAUGGGAUAUUAACUAAAGAAAAUGAUCAACAAAGUCCGGUUAAAGGCUGUGGCGGUGGCACUGCUUGUGCACGUGGUUUUGUGCAGAUAUACUGGAGAUAUACUCGACGAAAUACUUCAAGGGGACCACCAUUACGACUUUAAAGACUUACCUGCCGACCUCAAACCCUUUCGUCUAGAUGAUCCAGAUCACGGUGUCAAGAUGGGAAUUCCUUUUACCCCUUGUGACGACGGCGUCCAUGGCAUAGAACUGGACUGGGACCCAAGAAGCGAGGCAGAAAUAAAGUGUUUACCGUCUGACGAUGUAAACAAUGAAACACGUUUUAUAGAAGUCCAUGAAACUAAACAUGAAGAGCCAAUACAUGUUUGUUUGAAUACGCCGAUACGAUAUAAAACACCACUGCCAUUAAGUGGAAGCCAUCGUCCAUUGUGGCCAAUGUUUGGAGAAUAUAAAUACCUUCCGCCGCAAAGAUGGGUUCAUUCUUUAGAGCAUGGUGCGGUCGUGUUGCUGUACCACCCAUGCAUGGCAGACAAGCCGGAACUUGCGGCAUUGAGGUCAUUGGUUCGAGACUGUCUUGGAAAGCAUAUCAUUACACCGUACAGGCAUAUAACCCGAAACAUGCCAUACGCUUUACUGACCUACAAGCAUGGGCUUCUUAUUGGAUUGUUCAGACCCACGCAGGAGGAGGAUGUCAACAUUGUCGUAAAUUUUAUCAAAGCACACGCCCUUGACGCCCCGGAAGCAAUGGUGUUUGAGGAUGGUCAGUAUUCUAAAGGGCUCAUGGAAAGUGCAACAAAAUAUUCCGACCUAAAAGAGACCAGGGAAAACGUGUGUGCAUUUCUUAGAUAAAGACUCUUUUGACAACAUUGUUGAUUUCAUUAUUUCAAAAAAAAUUAUAUUUGAAAAAUAACGUCAUCUUACUUUGGCAUUUACUGUGUGGCUUGUUAAACAACUAAAUCUAUUUCUGAUAAA